GAAGGUCAUAUGACCAAAUUGAAGUCGUAUGAUCAACCGUCUCUGGUAUGGUGUGAUUGUAACCAAGCCUCUGUGCAUUAACACAACACCGUGUUCAGAAAACACGUUUGUACGGUAUGCAUGAAAAUUAUGUCCGCUAACUAGUUUGUGCUUUCAUUUAUUUUGUAGGUGACCCACACAGCAUGCACCCACCAGCCCCUGCUUACAGCACCACCUGUAGCUGAGCCUCUCCUCAGCCUGAGCUCCAGUGACCUCCCUCAAACACCAUGGAUCCUGGCCAGCAGACCAGCUCUCUUCCCCAGCCCAGUGCAGAGUACUUUUCAUGGGACUACCGCCUUCAUCUUAUUUGCCUGGGCUUUGCCUUCUAUGCAGGAAUAUUCCUCCUCUCCCACCUCCUGUCUGUGGCAUUGUCCCGCACCUACAACUCCCUGAUAGCUAAAGAGAAGGUUUUCUGGAACCUCGCAGCAACUCGGGCAGUGUUUGGCAUCCAGAGUACUAUAGUAGGUCUCCGAGCCCUGACUGAGGACUCGGCUUUAACCACAGACAAAGUGAGGGGACAAGAAGACUGGUCGUGGUUCAAUGUCCUCACAGCCACAGGUUUCUUUGUGUUUGAAAAUGUAGCACUUCACACCUCCAGUGUGGUAUUUUGGUCAUUUGACCUCCCACUGGCGACGCACCAUUUCUUCGCCCUGUCAGGAUAUGUAGGAGCAUUGGUGUGGGAUACCAUGGGCCACUUCCUGCCAAUGGUUACACUGCUGCUGGAGAUGAGCACGCCAUUCACCUGUGUGUCCUGGAUGUUGCUGAAGGCUGGCUGGGCCCGCACCCUGUUUUGGAGAGCUAACCAGUGGGUGAUGAUCCACACAUUUCACUGUCGCAUGGUGCUCACUUACUACAUGUGGUGGGUAACCUUUACCCACUGGGAAGAGCUCAGCACCCAUGUGGUCCUUCUCCAACGCUUGUUGUUCUUCACUGGCCUCGCUCUACUAACGUGUGUCCUCAACCCCAUCUGGACGCACAAGAAGACCAUGCAGCUGCUUAAUCCUGUGGAUUGGAACUUUGGAAACAAGCCGGCACCCCUAAACCGUGCCGCAGAGGGUCACUCCGAGGUUUCUGUCAAACCCCAUGCCAGCUGAGGGGUACCAGAGAAGACACUUCCUAUCAAAGGAGGCUGUAUUUCUUUUACGUUUUUUGGAUGGAUGGAUGGAUGGAUGGAUGGAUGGAUGGAUGGAUGGAUGGAUCAUGCGUGAAAUGACUUUUAGAGGCAUGAUAGUAAGAAAGGUGUUUAAGAUUUUUCUAUUAUGCAACUUGAACACAUUAAGACCCUGAACUUUGCUUUUCAAAAAAGCCCAACAACAGGCAAAUCCUGACUGUAUAAUAUUGAUCAAGUUUGCUACAUUGUCUAACCUUUAGACUUUACUUUCAGGCUGUUUUAUAAAUUCUCCAUCUGGGUAUUUUAGCUUUUAAUAGAUAUGUGUGGUUGUGUUGAGCAGUGAAAUGAGGGCCUGCUUGUUUUUAUCACCUGCAGGACACUGUGCUGUGAAAUACCCAGUUUACCAGUCAUAUGUAUUAUACAACAGUAUCAUGAGCAGAUAUUGUACUAUAUGUCUUUGUCUAAACACAGAUCAAGUCCAGUUGAUCUAUUAGGUAAAAUAAGCCCAGCUUACUGUGUGGGGACACAAUAUGAGGCAGACAGGAGAGGUUAAGCUCUUUCUCAGUCAUCAAACGACCUAGUAGUUAAGUCACAUCAAGGAUUUGGUCUUUGUCAUACACAGCCCUAUCGAUGCGUUUACUACAGACCUAAUCAUUCACCACUGCCUGGGCAUCGCAAGCAAGACAAUUGGUUUAAAGAAGCUUCAAUGUGUUACCAUAGGUUAGUCAUUGGAGCUGUUACAUGCUAAGUGGGCAAUGGGUUCAGUUCAUUCAUGAUUCACAUUGGUGUUUUUUGGACUGAAUCCUCUCUCAGUAGACAGGGAAAUAUUUAUCAUGGUCACGAAAGAAAAGGUUUUUAAACACAAUCGUCUUUGUUCGAACAACACACAGGACUGGUCCACUCCACAAAGGCUCUAUUGUCCAAAAUGGAGAUGGAAUGUGGCAAAACUGAGGCAGUGUUGAUACAGAUUAACCAAGCAACAGGUUGAUAAUGAAGAUUUUUUUUAUUAUUAUUAGUAUAAUAAAGUUUUAUUUAUAAUUAUGCAACUAUAGAAUUUCACUAACAUUUUAGUUUUGUGUUUUUCACGCAAUGGCCUCAUUGUACAGGAAGCCUUGGGCUUGUGUAUUGGGUUUGUCCAUUGUUCUAUAUCUUGCAUCAGAGUUUUGGUUGAAUGGUCACUCUGAUGCAAACUUACAAUUUCUCAGUGUUUGUCUGCAACAGCAUUACUACUGUAGCUCAUAUGUAAUGUCCAUAAGAUCUUUUCAUUUUUACCAUUAGGAUUAGCCUAAUCUACCUACCUAUAUAAUAAAAAAAAUUAAAAAAGUAGUACCUUGAGGAUAUAAUGCUACACCUUGAUUUGGGCCUGAGGGCUGACUCAAAAGUAUAAAGGUGGGUUUUAUUCAUUAUCUACAUAACUGUAACCUGCCUCACAAAACCCAUGUCAGGAUGACUGAGAUGACGCUACACUUAGUUCCGUUGAGAUUGUUUUAUACUUUUGUGUACGUUGUACAACCUCAGCGACUGAAUCAACGUGAAUAAGUUAAAAAUAAAUGUAUUAAUAGCAUAUAAAAGUACUUUCUUUUGUAAACAAAUAUGACAAUAUUUUCUCAAUAACUGUACAUGUGGUCUAUUUUAUUACUAAAAAUAAUAUCCGACAGUGACGACAGACAGAUUUUUACUACAGGCAUAGAAUUAACAUUAAGGGAUGGGUGUAGGAUUCCCUGUAAGACUUAAGGUUUAACUUCUUGUGUGCAUUAAUAUAAAUUAGUUUGAGUCACAAAAUAAAAUGUUGGCUCAUACA